CCCCGGUAAAAGAAAGAAAAAAAGAACUCAGCUUUAACUCUCCGCUAGUGUUUGUUUAUAGUUCAGAUGUUUAACAUUAGUUUGCAGGUGGAUUUGAUGUGUUGUAAAUCAUUACGGAUCUGUCCAUGCUGGAUAUCGAUGAUUUGAUGACAGAAAUCUCUCAGCUGAAGAAAGAGGUGGCGUUACUGGAGGCAAAGCUGAGAGAAAGAGAGGUUUCAGAUCAGAGAUCCGGAGACACAGAGGACUCAGAGCUUAGCCUCACUUUACUCUGUUAUACUGACUCUCAGGAGAGUGUGUGUGACAGUAAACAGGGUGAUCAACCCCCCACAGAGUCUCUGUAGAACAGCAAAUUCUCAUGGAGAUGACAGAACAAGCCAUAGCAAAGGAACAUGCCUAUCAUCAUGCAGAGGUGUAUAUUAUUCUUUCAGAUUCAGCUUCUGAUGGAGAAACGACUACUUCAAAACAGCGGUUGACAGCUUCUGGCAAAAGAGUGUCGCAGGGAAGUUCAGCAAAACAUAAGCAGAAGUUCUUCAAAUGCAGGACAUGUUGGAGGAGCUUUUCUACCAGGGGAAAAAGAAACCGUCAUUCAAAGGUGCACAAAGUAAAAGAGUUUAAGUGUGAGCAGUGUGGGAAGGUUUUCUCAGCUGCCUCUACAUUAAAAAGUCACAUGAAGUCACACAGUGAUGAAAAGCCUUUCCAAUGCAGUGAGUGUGACAAGUGUUUCAGAUUCAAAGGAAAUCUUGUUGCCCAUGAGAGAAUACACACAGGGGAGAAACCGUACACGUGUCCUUACUGUGAGAAGAGAUUUAACUACGGACCAUAUCUAAACAAACACAUCCGUUCUCACACCAAUGAGAGGCCGUAUGGGUGCAGUGAAUGUGGGAAAACCUUUACACGGUUAGAUUCCCUAAAGUCACAUCAGAAUACACACUCUGAUGAGAAACCCUUUAGAUGUACAUACUGUGAUAAACGUUUCCAUCGUAAGUGUCAGCUGAUACGUCAUGAGAGAAUGCACUCUGGAGAGAAACCUUAUCUCUGUUCUUACUGUGGAAAGAGCUUUUCUGGUCCAAGUGAUUUGAAAGUUCAUGUAAGAGUGCAUACAGGAGAAAAGCCUUAUCGCUGCGGCGUUUGUGAGAAGAGUUUCCGUCAAAACUAUACUCUAGCACUGCACCAGAGAAUACAUACAGGAGAAAGACCUUACAAAUGCACUCAGUGUGACAAAACGUUUGCCUACAAAAAGGUCCUGAAAACCCACCAGAGAGUGCAUACUGGAGAGAACCUUACAGCUGCUCCAUCUGCAGAGAGAGAUUUGCUUAUUUAGUAUUUUAAUACUCAUCAGAAGAAAUAUCAUAGUGUGUUUUCAUGGCUCAGUGGAUGAAGAGGCUCUUUCAGCUUAUCCAGAUUCAGUGAAUAAAGCUCUCCCUGCCAGUAGGGGGCAGAAUCACAAUGAGCUUUCUUGUGGAUUGUGAAAAGAGAUGGGGAGAGUUAAAUACUUUGGAGAGUCAAAUACUUUGAAAAUAUUUGUGGACAAUGCUAAUAAAAUGUGUUAAUAUUGCGCUUGAUGAUCUUGCUGUUAUUUUUCUAUCUCAAUAAAAUGCUCGAC